CACCAUGGGAGAAAAAGAAUAGUUAUAUUCCGCCCAAUCGCACUGCCAAAGUCACAUAACCCCCUGUCCAACUCCAAAAGUACACAUAACUCCCCUCGUCCCCCCCACUCCACCCAUUUAUCAUACCUACAACUUGGACUUCACUCCCGCCCUAGCGCUCUUCAACACCCCCUCAGCCCUCGUAGCCUUCAUAACAUCCCCCUUAAUCUUCAACCUCCCCGACAUAAACAGCUUCUGGGCCGCCGCCUUCCCAUCAAUCAAUCCCUGAAAGUCAUCGUCCGAGAGCAACAGCACAACAUCGGGCUUUGCGCCCUCGGGUGCCAGCCCUUUGCCGACAGUGCCAGUGGUCUUGAGGUCCAGGUACCAGGACUCGGUCUCUUUGGCCUUGUUGGUUAGGGUGAAGGCGAAGAUCGCUUUACCAUUUUUGAGCGCGUCGGAUUUGGCGGCGGGGGCGGUGAGGGAGGCGGCGAUUAGAUCGAAGGCAGGAGAGGAGGGGAAGUUUUCUAUGAGCGUGAUAUGAGGGUGAUUAGCACGUCGAUUGGGAGGGGGGAGGCAAGAGGAAAACCAGAUGCGAGUGUCAUUAUUAUUAGCUCGUAUUGUACGGAUGGACGGAUGGGCGGAAGGGAUUAUUCACUGGGUACGGUACGUCCAGUUCGAUGUAGUAUUGGAAGCACGCACUUUGUUCGUCAGAAAGGUCAGGGGCAGAGAGGAGGAGGAAGGGGGGAAGAGAAAACUACAGUGGUGCGAAGUUUUCAAAUUCGGUAACCAUCCAAAACUUCCCUUUUAUCCUCGCCCCCGGGUAGGCUUCUCAAGCUACGAACAUGUGAAUGUCGGCUAACAACCAAGGCAUAUUGACAUAAUCCCUUUGUUCUCGGUUGUGGGUACGGCAACUCGGGCCAGGUCCCUGGCCAGCCUCCGUGCAGAGCACCCAUAACCCACCUCAGUGUUCCACCGACAUGAGAACUUCACCCCCAAAAACCGUUUAAUCUCCUAAAACUCACAUGUCAUGGGAAGAAUUCACAAUUUCCAAUUUUGUUAUCACAAUUUCCUCGCUCGUCAAGCAUGUGAAAAAAUGUGAAGAA